AUGAAGUUUCUCGGCGCAUGGCUUCUCGGCGCCGCUGGCCUCGCCGGCCUCGCCAAUGGUCUCGCCAGCACGGAUACCAUUACCUGGGGUGGUGAUAACUCCAGAGCUGGUUACCAGACCAACCACAACAUGGAUCCCUCCGUCGUUGGAAGUAACCAAUUCGGCCAAAUUUUCAAAAUUCUCUUGCCCGGCAACUAUGGCGGUGCCGCCGAACAAAUCUUUUCUCAGCCGCUCGUUUACACGCCCAACAAUAGCACUACGCAAUACGUCUACUGGGCAACUACCCAGAACAACCUGUACAAGAUGAACGCCAAAACCGGUGAAAUUGUCGCCAAGCGCAAUCUUCACAUUCCCUUUCUCACCGCCGACUUAGACGGCUGCGUCGACAUCAACCCCAACAUCGGCAUCACCGCCACUGGUGUCAUCGACCCCGACACCGAGACCCUCUACCUCACGGCCAAGACCUAUCUCGAUCAGACAGUCCUCAACACGGCCCAGGGUCGCCCUAACGGCCGCUACUACGUCCACGCCAUUGAUGUCAACGACUUGAGCGAGCGCCCCAACUUUCCCCUCAACCUCGAAAAUAUUGCCGCCACCAACAAUCAGCAGCGCAUCUUUACCGGUGGCAUCCAUCACCAGCGACCCGGUCUGCUUCACAUUGGCGACUACAUAUAUGCUGGUUUCGCCUCCCACUGUGUCCAGUAUAACUUUAGCGGCUGGAUCAUUGGUUGGCACAAGAUCACGGGCAAGAUUGUCGAGAGCUGGGCUACCGAGGGCGCCAAUGUCCCCAUCACAACCAAGGGAGGUGGUGUUUGGAUGUCGGGUGGUGGUCUAGCCUCUGACGAUGCCGGCUCCAUCUUCUUCGCUACUGGCAACGGGUACGCUUCCCAGCUAGCCACCAUUCCCGUCAAAGGCUUUGAGCCUCCCACGUCUCAGGAAGAGUCGGCUGUUCACAUGACUCUCCAGGCCGAUGGUAGCCUCAAGAUUGUAGACUUCUUCAUGCCUGCGGAGAAGCAGCAGCUUGACGGUGCUGACAAGGAUCUUGGCUGUUCUCCCCUCGAGCUUCUGCCCCCAGAAUUCGGCUGUGGUGACAUCAAGCGCGUCGGUGUCAUUACCGGCAAGAGCGGCAAGACAUACUGGCUUAACAUGGAUAACCUGGGUGGCUAUCGCAACGGCGCUAAUAACGGUGAUGCCGUCAUUCAGGUCUACCAAAACGACAACUCUGUAUAUGCCGGUGCUGGCGUCUAUCCUCUAGAGGGAGGCUACAUCUACAUCAACGUCAUCCAGCACCCCUCCAACAUCUUCAAGUACUCCUGCGUCAAUGGCGUUUUGUCCUUUCCCAAGGUCGCCACUACAACCGAGACCAAUGCUUACAUCCUCGGUGUCAGCCACGGCACUACGACUUCGCUCAAUGGCCAGCCCGGUACCGGUCUCUUCUGGGUUACUGAUGUCCAGGGCCUCGGCCUCCGCAUCUACAAUGCCGUCCCUCAAGCUGGCACCAUGACUUUGAUCAACUCUUUCAGCAUUCCCGGCGUCACCAAGUUUACCCGCCCCGUUUUCGGAGAUGGACUCGCCUAUAUCGGAACCAACCAAGGCUACGUUUACGCUUAUGGCUCGCCUGUCAAUUCACCUCUCAACUGUACCUCCCCUACUGACUUUGGCAAUGCCGAUAUGCAGUCCAACAGCACCAGUAAACAGGUGACUUGCACUGCUAUCAUUGCCCUGUCCGUCACUGGUAUCGACCUUAGCGAUCACACCGACUUUGCUCUUUCUGCUCCUCCCUCUGUGCCAUUCAAUGUUGCCAAGGGCAGCUCCUUCACGGUCUCUGCCACCUUCUCUCCCACCAGGGUUGGCCUUUUGUCCGCUGACGUUAUUGUCAACACUACAAACUCGGUCGGCGGCUACAGUCUCAACAGCCAUGCCCGCCUCACCGGUACUGGCCAGAGCACCUCUCCUCUUCUCGAUGUGGCCCCCAACACUGUGACUUUUGAUGCUGUCGUCGCUGGUGACGAUCCCAACGGCGUUCAGCAGCAGUUCCUGAUCAGCAAUUUGGGCAAUUCCAAGCUCACUAUCCAGCAGGUGCAGUACUCCGCCAACAACGCUAGCGGGCCCUCGUCUACUUGGAGUGGCAGCGGCGACCUGGUCGUUGGACAGUUUACUGUCAAGAACAUACCCACUACCCUCGAUGGCCACAGUUCUGCCCCCGUUACCGUCGUCUUUGACUCGUCUCAGAUUGGUAGCUACGCUGGGUUCCUGAAGUUUGUCUCAGACGGCGGCACCAAGUCACUUUCGCUCGCUGCUUCGGCUGGUGCUGCCGCCAAGGCCGUACUCGAAUUCCAGACCGUUGAUGGACAGGGCUGGGUGCAAUAUGUUGAGGGCAAGCCAUUCGACUUUGGCAACGUCACCGAGAAUCGCUCUCGCCCUCUCAAGUUCCGCAUUACCAACGGAGCUGCCUCUGGUGGCGUCAAGCUAUCGCUUACCGUUUCCAAGCCUCCUUUCGGAGUCGACGGUCUCAUCAAGGCGGCUAACCAAGUAGAUCUGGCCGAAGGAACCUCUCUGGCUCCGGGAGAGAGCGGUACCGCUACGCUCACUUGCAGCGCCCCCAAGACCCAGUGGAACGUUAACCCCACGAACGGAACCGCUACGUGGACUCUCAACACCAAUGAUCCCGUCCUGGGUAAGCAGUUUAUCCAGUUCUACUGCACAGCUGUCUCCGAGCAAGCGCCACCUUUGCUUGCCAAUGGCCUAGGCCAGUACCGCUACAAGGGAUGCUACCUUGAGAACAACCCCGGCCGUCAGCUUUCAAAUCAGCUGUACGGCAAUGACGCCAGUACCAAUGCCAUGUGUAUCGCUGCCUGUGCCGCCGGAAAAUACCUCUACUGUGGUACACAGUACCAUCGUGAGUGCUGGGGCGGCAACUCUAUUCCUGUUAAACAGGUGGACGACCGCAACUGCAACUUUGACUGCUCCGGUGAUCUGAACCAGAUUUGCGGUGGCAAUGGUGAUGGUGGCGCCUCCUACAUCUCUCUCUUUGUUGACUCCACUGGCAAGGAGACUGGACCCCCCCCUGCCCCUGUGGUGAACCCUGGUGUAAGCGGCUACACUAGUAUCGGCUGCUACACGGAGGCCACAAACGGGCGUGCUCUUCCCAACGGUGCCGCAAUCGCCACGAAGACUGUCAAGAGCUGCGUUGACGCCUGCAAGAGUGGCAGUUACAAAUAUGCUGGGCUUGAAUAUGGAGGCGAAUGCUGGUGUGGUAAUGCUUUUGCUGCCGGUUCUGUUCCAGCUCCCAUCUCCGAUUGCAAAAUGCUGUGCAAUGACAACAGUACCGAGUACUGCGGUGCUGGGUCUCGCCUCAACGUGUAUCAGUUCGGCGUAGUCGUUAGCAGCUCUUCAUCCAGCGCGUCCGUCGCCUCGACGGCCGACGUAUCGAGCUCCUCCAUUUCGACGCUUGGAACAUCAAGUACUGCGUCGAGUCUCAGCAGCGCGGUCACGACUAGCACGACUAGCACGACUAGCACGACUAGCACGACAACGACGACAACAACGACCACGACCACAACCUCGAGCAGCACCCCUACUCCCACUGGCCCUGCCAGAAAGGCCGUCGUCAACCAGACAUGGCAGCGGCAAGGCUGCUGGACCGAGGCCACCAACAAGCGCGCCCUGUCCGACAAGACAUACGCCGACGACAAGAUGACGCUCGAGUCGUGCGGCACGUUUUGCAAGGGCUACACAUACUUUGGCGUAGAGUACGGACGCGAGUGCUAUUGCGGCAAUACGCUCAACACCGGCUCCGUCCAGGCCAAGCAGGAGGACUGCUCUUUCAUCUGCCCCGGCGACGGCUCCGAGUACUGUGGCGCUGGAAAUCGACUGGAGCUUUACCAGAACUACCUCAAGCACCAGUUCAGUCGCGACAACCUCUACCUCUAG